UUGCUUUUUUGUGACGAUCUUUUGAAUUGGUUUUAGCCUUGAUCGUGAAAACAAUUUGUGCUUCUUGAAACAGUUUCAUAUUAAGUUCAAAGUAUUGUUCUUCUAUCAUAUCUGUUUCUCGAACUCUGUACUCUGUAGUACAACUUUGGGUCACGGCAGUUUUAACCUUAUUCCGCUUCAGAGCGCAAAGGUCUCGCACAGACGCCCUCGGGACCUUCCGGCCGGAGUGGGUUGUGCGUUUCGUCCAAUAAUCUUCGCCAGUUUCUGCUGUGCAACGAGUGAAGCGCGUCGCAGAAUAGAAUCUGCCGGAGUCUACUUCAAACGGUUCUCUAAUGCCACAAGAAAUUAAAAGAGAACGGAAAACAACGCAGUCAAUGAUGCGCCCGAAAUCAAUUCACUGGAAUGAAGCUCCCCUUUCUCCGUGCCCGAUUCCGGACAUCAGCGACGAUGAGCUGGUUUCGAUCACGGUACGAGACCUGAAUCGUACCCUCAAGAUGCGAGGCUUGACGCGCGAGGAGAUUGUGCGCAUGAAACAGCGUCGCCGCACCCUGAAAAACCGCGGCUACGCGGCCAGUUGCCGCAUAAAGCGCAUAGAGCAGAAGGACGAGCUGGAGACGGAAAAGACACAGGAGUGGCGCGAUAUGGAAACCAUGCAUGACGAAACGGGACGGUUGCAGGAGGAAGUAGAUUCGCUGCGCAACAAAUACGAGGCACUACGGAAGUUUGCAAUUUCGAAAAAAAUUCCUCUACCACCGGAACUAGAUGUAUUGUAAGCGGUAUGUAGUGAUGCGAUUGUUUGUGAUUUAUUUUAAACCAGCUUAGUGUUUUUGUGCUUCAGUAGUACAAACUUUCCAAUAGUUUUAAGUGAAUUUUGAUAAUUACAGAAUAAUACAAGUGUA